CUAUCGGUGUUACUCCAUACCGUUUGUUGAUGCUAAAUAGACCGCUGCUGCCUCUUGCUGGAACUAGACUAAACUCUCCCGAGCUCGGCUCUUGGCGAACGGGUCGUUGCCAUGCACCUUUCACCGUCAGCAGCUCAGCUGCUGUUGCAAUUAGGACACAGAGGACUGGGUGGGAGAGCGGUGCGCGCAGUGCGUCACGCACCCAAACUGCCACUUGUGGCGAGGGCCAAGAACAACCAGAAGAAUGAGGGCGUGUACUUUGAGUACGAGGCCGUCGACCCGGAUGCCUUGGAUGAAUUCGCUGCGCUUGCUGACGAGGAGGAGGAGCAGUACAGCUGGGCGCAACGCAGCCGCGACCAGAAGCGCGCGCUGCAGCAGAAGCACCGGACCAUCGAACGCAAGGUGUUGGGCAACAACAUGCAGGACGCGGCGGCGGGCCGCAAGGGGCGCAAGGGCGGCAAGCGCAGCGGCAAGGGGCCUGGCUCGGACGCGGAGAAGCGGCAGGUGGCUGCGGAGGCGGCCGCCGCCGCCGCAUCUGACGGCCCCGUCCUGGCUCCCUACAGCCCCGUGGAGACCCCCGCCAUGAGGCCCCGAGCCACCACACCCGACGAGCUGCUUUCACGGCCCUCGCCCGCGCCCUCGGUAUCGGCUCCCGCCAGCGCGGCCAGUAAGCAGCAGCAGCAGCCAGCUGUGCCGCAGGCGCCUGCGCCUGUGCCUGCGGCGCCGGCAGCUGAUGAGGAGGACGGCAACGGUGAUGACAGCCGCGUGACGUCCGCCGCCGGUGCCAGCACCAGCGGCUCCAGCGCACCUGCGGCGGCGGCAGGCAGCGGCCGCCGCCAGCGGCUCCUGCAGCGCAUGAAGGGCAGCGGCGGAGCCGGCGACGGCGCCGUGCCGCCCAGCCCGGCCCCCGCCCCCGCUCCUACCUCUGCCUCUGUGUCCGCCAGCUCACCACCGCUCUCGCCCACAGCUGCGCCCGCGCCCGCUCCCACACCGGCCCCGGUCGACCCCGCCACGACGGUCGCCGCCGCGGCAGCGGCAGCUGCCGCCGCUGCCGGCCUCGCGCCGCCGUCUCUCGACAAUGACCUGCAGCGUCAGCUGGCGGAGCUGGCGGCAGCGCUGCCGGCGGAGGAGGUGCUGCCGCCGGAGGCGCGCGCCGCUCGCUCGCUGCUUGCCUCCAUCCUGUCCCCGGACGGCAGCGACGACCGCGAGGCCACCUCGGGUGACGUGGCGGACAUGCUGCGCCGCGACAUGGAUGCGGCUAAGGAGUUCCAGGAGUGGGCGGCGCGCCGCCGCUCCGGCGCGGCCACUGGCGGGGAUGCCGCCGCCUCCGGCGGCGGCCUGGAGGAGGAGCUGACGGAGCAGGAGGCUGCGGACAUUGCGGCCGCGCUGGCGGAUUUGGAUCUCGGCGACAUGGCCGGCCUGCUGGGCGGUGGUGACGGCGCUGGCGACGGCGCCGAUGGCGCGGCUGAGCAGGCGGAGCUGGAGCGGCUGCUAGGCGGCCUGGCGGGCGGCACCGCCGGUGCCGACGGCGCCGAAGGCGACGGCGAGGUUGUGGCGGCGCUGCGGGAGGUGUCGGAGCUGCGCAGCCUCAUGGCGGCGCUGGACGCCGACGACUCCGAUGCCAUGGCGGUCAAUGACACCACGGGCACGGAGCUCAGCGACGCGCAGGUGCUGGCGGCGCUGCGCGCGCGCGACCCGGCGCUAUACGAGCUGCUGAAGGACGUGCCGGAGUUCGACGCGCUGGGGCUGGAUCUGGAUCUGGAUUUGGACCUGGAUCCGGCCUCUGGAAACCUGAGCGAGGCGGAGCUGGCGGAGCUGGAGGCAGAGGCGGCGGAGGCGGCAGCGGCGCGCGGCGGCGAGGAGGAGGAGCUGGAGGCGCUGCUGCGCGACAUGCGCGGCAUGGGGCUCAUGAAGGGCGACGGCGGUGCCGACGGCGACGACGCGGCCGGGCUGGGCGACGACGACGAGGACGUUGACGAUGAUGACGACGACGAUGAUGAGGGUGACACUCUGGGCGACCUGCUGGAGAGCCUGGGCGAGGACGAGGGGCUGGACCCACGGCAGCGGCUGCAGGCGCAGUACGCCCUGGCGUCCAUGUUCAACCAGCCCGCGGACGAGCUGGCAGCCAAGGGCUCGCGCGGCGGGCUAGCUGGCGGCGCAGCGGGCGAUGGGGAGGGCGGCAGUGGGGAGGGGGCGGCGCCUUCGGCGCCGGGGAAGGAGCAGCCGCCGCUGCGCGGCACGACGGGCAUGGCGCGGCGCGCGGUGGCGGCGGAUGACGAGGACGGCGGCGCGGCGCCGCCGCCGAUGCUGCCGCGGCCUAAGCCGCGGUCUUCGGGCUGAGCGGCUAUGGUGUGGGCGUGAGGAUUCAGGAGUUGUGUGGGUUGUGGAGGCGGUGCGGAGGCGGUGCAGGGGAUGGGCAUGAUCCGCACGGGUCAGGUGCGGGCGCGCGGAGGAUGGAACAGCCACACAUGACAGGGCCGUUGACGGUUUGCUUGGCUCGGCUUCGCAGUCUGGGUAGCACUUGUUCGCGCGUUGGCAGCACUCGUUUGCGGGCUUCCGGUGGGCGUUGUUCAAUGGGAGCGUGCUGCGUGCGCGAGCUAGAGCUGAAAUGGUAGGAUGAACUGGUUCCGCCUGUGUGGCACUGCUGCCAAUGCCGAUGGACGAUGCGGGCCUUCGUCACCUGAA